AUGUACGACAACAUGUCCACGAUGGUGUACGGGAAGGAGGACAGGCUGGAGAAGCUGACGCAGGACGAGAUCAUUUCCAAGACCAAGCAGGUGAUCCAGGGGCUGGAGGCGCUGAAGAAUGAGCACAACUCCAUCCUGCAGAGCCUGCUCGAGACGCUGCAGUGCCUGAAGAAGGAUGACGAGAGCAACCUGGUGGAGGAGAAGUCCAACAUGAUCCGCAAGUCCCUGGAGAUGCUGGAGCUGGGCCUGAGCGAGGCGCAGGUCAUGAUGGCGCUGUCCAACCACCUGAACGCCGUCGAGUCGGAGAAGCAGAAGCUGCGUGCGCAGGUGCGCCGCCUGUGCCAGGAGAACCAGUGGCUGCGGGACGAGCUGGCCAACACGCAGCAGAAGCUGCAGAAGAGCGAGCAGUCCGUGGCCCAGCUGGAGGAGGAGAAGAAGCAUCUAGAAUUCAUGAAUCAGCUAAAAAAAUACGACGACGACAUCUCCCCGUCGGAGGACAAAGACACCGAUUCCACCAAAGAGCCUCUGGACGACCUCUUCCCCAACGACGACGAUGACCCCGGCCAAGGAAUCCAGCAGCAGCACAGCAGCGCCGCGGCGGCUGCGCAGCAGGGCGGCUAUGAGAUCCCGGCGCGCCUGCGCACCCUGCACAACCUGGUCAUCCAGUACGCCUCGCAGGGGCGCUACGAGGUGGCCGUGCCCCUGUGCAAGCAGGCCCUGGAGGACCUGGAGAAGACGUCCGGCCACGACCACCCCGACGUGGCCACCAUGCUCAACAUCCUGGCGCUGGUGUACAGAGACCAGAACAAGUACAAGGAUGCUGCCAACCUGCUGAACGACGCCUUGGCCAUCCGCGAGAAGACGCUGGGCAAAGACCACCCCGCGGUGGCAGCGACUCUGAACAACCUUGCAGUGCUUUACGGCAAAAGAGGCAAGUACAAGGAGGCGGAGCCGCUGUGCAAAAGAGCCCUGGAGAUCCGGGAGAAGGUUCUGGGGAAGGACCACCCGGACGUGGCCAAGCAGCUCAAUAACUUGGCCUUGCUGUGCCAGAACCAGGGCAAGUACGAGGAGGUGGAGUACUACUACCAGCGGGCCCUCGAGAUCUACCAGACCAAGCUGGGCCCCGACGACCCCAACGUGGCCAAGACCAAGAACAACCUGGCCUCCUGCUACCUGAAGCAAGGGAAGUUCAAGCAGGCAGAGACCCUGUACAAAGAGAUCCUCACGCGUGCGCACGAGCGGGAGUUUGGUUCUGUGGACGACGAGAACAAGCCCAUCUGGAUGCACGCAGAGGAGCGGGAGGAGUGCAAAGGGAAGCAGAAGGACGGGCCGUCGUUCGGGGAGUAUGGCGGCUGGUACAAGGCCUGCAAGGUGGACAGCCCGACCGUCACCACGACGCUGAAGAACCUCGGGGCUCUCUACCGGCGCCAGGGCAAGUUCGAGGCUGCGGAGACCCUGGAGGAGGCCGCCGCGCGGUCACGCAAGCAGGGUCUUGACAAUGUUCACAAACAGAGAGUGGCCGAGGUGCUGGGCGACCCCGAGGGCUCGGAGAAGCGCCGGAGCCGGGAGAGCCUGACCGUGGACACGGUCAAGUACGAGAGUGGCCCUGACGGAGGGGAGGAAGUGAGUAUGGGCGUAGAGUGGAGCGGGGACGGCACCGGCUCCCUGAGGCGCAGCGGCUCCUUCAGCAAGCUGCGCGCCUCCAUUAGACGCAGCAGCGAGAAGCUGGUGAGGAAGCUGAAGGGAGGAAGUGCCCGGGACAGUGAGCCGAGGAACCCCGGGGUCCCUCCGGAAAACGACAGCGGCGGCAGCGGGGUCGAGGACGCCAGUGUGAACUGA